AUGUCCCGUCAGGGCCCCGUGCAGUACUUGGGCUCCCUCAGGCCCAGGUCUGUGCAGGCCAUGGGGGCGCAGGCAGCAGCAGGGCAGGUGGAGGUGCAGCAGCUGCAGGAGCUGCGGAGCCGGACGGAAAGGGCUGAACGGAGGCUGCUGGCCUGUGAGAACCUGGUUGGGGAGCUGGGCAGUAGCCUGGCUGCCUUGGGCAGCCUCCUGCAGGACUAUGGGCGCCUCCAGCAGCGCUUGGACAACAUGGAGAACCUCCUGAGGAACAGGAACUUCUGGCUCCUGCGGCUGCCCCCCAACACCCGGGGCGAGGUCCCCAAGGUGCCGCUGACCUUCGAGGACAUCUCUGUGUACUUCAACGAGCAGGAGUGGGCCAGGCUGGAGUGCUGGCAGAAGGACCUGUACAGGGCUGUCAUGAGGGGCAACUACGAGACACUGAUCUCCCUGGACUAUGCUGUGUCCAAGCCUGACAUCCUCUCCAGGAUGGAGAGGGAUGAAGAGCUCUGCAUCGAAGAUGGUCAGAAGCAGCCCCAAACACACACUGGAUACCAUCAGGAGCCCUCAGAGCCAUGUACCAGGGAAGAUCAGGAGCUCCUGCAGGCACCAGGAGUGAUGGACCAGGCAGAAGAGGCUUUGGGAAAAGAUGAAGUCCCCAGAGAAGCUGACACAGACCAUGCUGUGUCCAAGCCUGGCCUCCCAUCCUGCAUCCAGAGGGAUGAAGAGCUCUGCAUCACAGACAGACAGAGGAGUCCCCAGCCUCCCACCAGCAACAGUCAGAAGCCUCCACAGACAGCCAGCCCAGGCAGGGGGAAGCCAUCGCAGAGCAGCAUCCCACACAGCCAGGAGCACCCAGAGAUGAGCAUCACAGGUGGUCAGAAGCCCCGCCAGACAGAUGUCCCACAUGGGGAGGUGCCCCCCCAGAUGAACAUCACAGACAGCCAGAGGCCCCCCCAGGCAGGUGUCACAGAGUGUGGGAAGGCCCUGCAGACACCAGAAGAGAUGGACAAGGAGGAAGAGGUUUUGGGAGCAGAUGAAGUCCCCAUGGAAGGUGACAGAGAAACCCCCAUCAUGGUCAUGAACAUCAUGUCCCUGAGCACACCAAAAGAGCAGCUGUGCAGGGAAGAUGAGCCUGAAGUGGAAGAGGACCCAGCUGGGUCUGACACAGAGGACAAUGCUUUACUGGAGAGUGAAGCGGCACCCGAAGGAGCUUCUGCAGUGCUCAAGGUGAAGGAGGAGCCGGAGGAACCGCAGGAGGUUUCUGCAGCCUCUCCCAGCUUGGAGAGCCAGAAGUGCACCAGAAGCGAGCAGGCCAAGGCCAAGAGCAAGAAGAGGCCGAGCCGGUGUGAGCUGGGCAGCUGCCACCGCGGGCACGUGCGGGAGUGGUGGCAUCCCUGCACCGAGUGCGGGAAGCGCUUCCGCCUCAAGAUCAACCUUAUCAUCCACCAGCGCAGCCACGCCACCGAGGGGCCCUACGAGUGCCCCCUCUGCGAGAUCAGCUUUGACAGCCAGCACCACCUGCACCUGCACCAGAGCAUCCACAUCAAGGACAGAGCUUUCGGGGCCAAGGUCUGGGGGAACGUCCACCCCGAGCUGAGGAUCCGACCCAGGAGGAAGCUCUGUGAGAAUAUGUACGCAAGUGCCCACGGCCUGGGCAAUGGGACCUAUGCCGGUGGGGCCUUGCUGGGCCAGACCAAGGAGGAGCCAGCAGACAGAGGCAGCCUGUCCAGUAGGUAUUUCUCCAGGCAGCAGGUCCCCAAGACUCCCGGGAAGCCCUUGCUGAAGUGCAACCACUGCAAGAAGAUCCUGUCCUGCCCCCACUCCCUGCGGCGGCACAUGCGGACCCACGCCCACGAGCGGCCACACUGCUGCAGCACCUGCCUCAAGUGCUUCACCCGCAGGAACCACCUGGAGCGCCACGAGAAGAUCCACGAGCGACAGAAAGCCCUGGAUGCUGCUCUCCAACAGCCCCCCACGGCCCACCCCACCCCCACCCCGCCGGCGGCCCCACAGCCUCCACCACAGAACGGCGCAGGCCCCGCGGGCGCUGCAGCCGCAUCGGCUCUGGCAAAUGUGCUCCCGAUGGGCUCCUCAGAGCUGGGAGCAUCAGUGAAGAACUGCGAGGGCUGGGCUGGGAGAGCCACCCAGCCCGUGGUCAGACUAGGAAGCAGGGCAGCGGUUGUGGAGAAAUGA